ACUCUGCUGCUCGUGACAGCUCUGCUGCUGACCCUGGUGCUGGUGGCUGUGGCGGCCUUUCUGUGCAUCUACCUGGACGUGCCGUGGUACGUGCGGAUGCUGUGGCAGUGGACGCAGACGAAGCGGAGAGCUUGGCACGACUGCCCCGAGGAGCGGGAAACCGUUCUGCAGUUCCACGCCUUCAUUUCGUACAGCGAACGCGAUUCGCUGUGGGUGAAGAACGAGCUGAUCCCCAACCUGGAGAAGGGGGAGGGCUGCAUCCAGCUGUGUCAGCACGAGAGGAACUUCAUCCCUGGCAAAAGCAUCGUGGAGAAUAUCAUUAACUGCAUU